UGAGCGCGCGACUCCCGGCGCCAUUUUGUUUUGGAACCAGCGGAGGAGGUAACUAGAGAAGCGCGAGCGGCUCAGCCAGGCGCCCGCCCCGGCCCCGAGACCCUCGCCCCCCGCCCCGCCCCAGGUGCCAUGGUUCAGAACAGAGUGAGAGUACUGGGAAAGAAGAGCUGAACAUACAGCAUAAAUUGAUUAUAUAGGCAAACUGGAAAAAAAUUAACCUGUCUCUGAGGUGACUAAAGGGGAAUAAUGGUGAUUUUGCGCCGGGCUCGGCCGCCUGCUUCCGCCCCAACCAGCAAUGAAUCUUGACUCGCUCUCGCUGGCCUUGUCUCAAAUCAGCUACCUGGUGGACAAUUUAACCAAGAAAAACUACAGAGCCAGCCAGCAGGAAAUACAGCAUAUUGUGAAUCGGCACGGCCCUGAGGCAGACAGGCAUUUACUACGCUGUCUAUUCUCACAUGUGGAUUUCAGUGGCGAUGGUAAAAGUAGCGGUAAAGAUUUCCAUCAGACGCAGUUUCUGAUCCAGGAGUGUGCAUCAUUGAUUACAAAGCCAAAUUUUAUUUCGACGCUGUCCUAUGCUAUUGAAAAUCCAUUGCAUUAUCAAAAGAGUCUUAAGCCGUCACCCCAUCUAUUCACUCAGCUGAGCAAAGUUAUCAAAUUAAGCAAGGUUCAAGAGGUUAUUUUUGGCCUUGCUUUGCUAAACUCCUUCAACCCAGAUCUACGAGGUUUUGCUGCUCAGUUUAUUAAACAGAAACUUCCUGAUCUUCUGCGUUCAUACAUUGACGCAGACGUCAGUGGAAAUCAAGAAGGUGGCUUCCAAGAUAUUGCAAUAGAGGUCUUGCACCUCCUCCUAUCCCAUCUUCUUUUUGGACAGAAGGGAGCCUUUGGGGUUGGACAGGAACAGAUUGACGCUUUCCUCAAAACAUUACGUAGAGAUUUUCCCCAGGAACGUUGCCCUGUGGUGCUUGCACCACUCCUAUACCCUGAAAAACGGGACAUUCUAAUGGACAGGAUCCUGCCUGAUUCUGGAGGGAUAGCAAAAACAAUGAUGGAGAGCUCUCUUGCGGAUUUCAUGCAGGAAGUUGGCUAUGGCUUUUGUACAAGUGUGGAGGAAUGUCGCAACAUCAUCACGCAGUUUGGUGUGGGAGAGGUCACUGCUGCCCAGGUUGCCAGGGUUUUGGGAAUGAUGGCUCGAACACACUCAGGAUUGGCAGACGGCAUUCCUUUGCAGUCCAUCUCUGCUCCUGGAAGUGGAAUUUGGAGUGACGGAAGAGAUAAAAAUGAUGGAACACAGACCCAUACCUGGAAUGUGGAGGUUCUGAUUGACGUGCUUAAAGAACUGAACCCAAAUUUGAACUUCAAGGAAGUAACCUAUGAACUUGACCACCCUGGAUUUCAAAUUCGUGAUAGCAAAGGCUUACAGAUUGUGGUGUAUGGUGUCCAGAGAGGGCUAGGGCUAGAUGUCUUCCCAGUUGAUCUCAUAUACAGACCUUGGAAACAUGCAGAAGGACAGCUCUCAUUCAUCCAGCAUUCCCUCAUUAACCCAGAGAUCUUCUGUUUUGCUGACUACGCCUGCCAUACUGUUGCCACGGAUAUUUUGAAAGCCCCUCCCGAGGAUGACAAUCGAGAAAUUGCCACAUGGAAGAGCCUGGACUUGAUUGAGUCCCUGUUGCGGUUGGCAGAGGUUGGCCAGUAUGAGCAGGUUAAGCAGCUCUUCAGCUUCCCUAUCAAGCACUGUCCAGAUAUGUUGGUAUUGGCAUUACUGCAGAUCAACACUUCCUGGCAUACUUUGCGGCAUGAACUCAUCUCCACACUUAUGCCCAUUUUUCUUGGCAACCAUCCCAACUCUGCCAUCAUCCUGCAUUAUGCAUGGCAUGGCCAGGGCCAGUCUCCUUCAAUUCGCCAGCUCAUCAUGCAUGCUAUGGCAGAAUGGUACAUGCGAGGGGAACAGUACGACCAAGCAAAAUUAUCACGUAUUCUAGACGUGGCCCAAGACUUGAAGGCGUUGUCAAUGCUGCUAAAUGGUACUCCAUUUGCCUUUGUUAUUGACCUUGCUGCACUUGCCUCUCGACGGGAAUACCUCAAACUAGACAAAUGGCUCACAGAUAAAAUUCGGGAGCAUGGGGAGCCUUUCAUCCAAGCCUGUAUGACUUUCCUAAAGAGAAGGUGCCCCUCUAUCUUAGGUGGCCUUGCCCCAGAGAAAGACCAGCCCAAAAGUGCUCAGCUUCCUCCAGAGACACUGGCAACUAUGCUGGCUUGCCUGCAGGCUUGUGCUGGAAGUGUGUCUCAAGAGCUGUCAGAAACUAUUCUAACCAUGGUAGCCAACUGCAGCAAUGUCAUGAACAAAGCCAGGCAGCCACCACCUGGAGUUAUGCCCAAAGGACGUCCACCAAGUGCUAGUAGCCUAGAUGCCAUCUCUCCUGUACAGAUUGAUCCACUUGCUGCUGGGAUGGCAUCUCUCAGCCUAGGUGGUUCAGCAGUUCCACACACACAGAGUAUGCCAGGUUUCCCUCCAAACUUGAGUUCUGCUUUUAGUACUCCGCAGUCACCAGCAAAAGCAUUUCCACCACUUUCCACACAAAACCAGAAUACACCUUUUAGUGGGAUUGGCGGACUGUCUUCACAGCUUCCAGUAGGUGGUCUUACAACAGGUAGUCUGGGCAUAGGAACUGGGGCCCUUGGUCUCCCUGCAGUGAAUAAUGACCCAUUUGUGCCAAGAAAACUGAGUACAUCAGGACUGAACCAGCCUACAUUCCAGCAGAGUAAGAUGAAACCUUCUGACUUAUCUCAGGUAUGGCCAGAGGCAAAUCAGCACUUUAGCAAAGAGAUUGAUGAUGAAGCCAACAGCUAUUUUCAGCGUAUUUAUAAUCACCCACCGCAUCCAACUAUGUCUGUAGACGAGGUGUUAGAAAUGCUGCAGAGGUUUAAGGACUCCAACAUUAAACGAGAACGCGAAGUAUUUAACUGUAUGCUGAGGAACUUGUUUGAGGAAUAUCGGUUUUUCCCCCAGUACCCCGAUAAAGAGCUGCACAUAACAGCCUGCCUCUUUGGUGGGAUAAUAGAGAAAGGACUGGUUACAUAUAUGGCGCUGGGCCUGGCUUUGCGCUAUGUUCUUGAAGCCUUACGAAAGCCUUUUACAUCCAAAAUGUACUAUUUUGGUAUUGCUGCACUAGAUAGAUUUAAAAAUAGAUUGAAGGACUAUCCCCAGUAUUGUCAGCACUUGGCUUCCAUUAGUCACUUUAUACAGUUCCCUCAUCACCUGCAGGAGUACAUUGAAUAUGGACAGCAGUCUAGAGAUCCUCCUGUGAAGAUGCAGGGGUCAAUCACCACCCCUGGAAGUAUUGCACUUGCCCAGGCCCAGGCCCAGGCUCAGGUUCCGGCAAAAACUCCUCUUGCUGGUCAAGUUAGCACUAUAGUCACCACCUCUACUACCACCACUACUGUGGCAAAGACUACAAUCACUCCAGUGGGUCGAGUCAGCUUCAAGAAGGAUGUGCCGCCUUCUAUUAAUACAACCAACAUUGACACCCUGUUAGUAGCCACAGAUCAAACAGAGAGAAUUGUUGAACCCCCUGAAAACGUGCAGGAAAAGAUUGCUUUUAUCUUCAACAACCUGUCGCAAUCCAACAUGACUCAGAAGGUUGAGGAACUGAAAGAAACUGUGAAAGAGGAGUUCAUGCCUUGGGUUUCACAGUACCUUGUGAUGAAGAGAGUUAGUAUUGAGCCAAACUUCCACAGCCUUUAUUCAAAUUUCCUUGACACACUUAAGAAUCCGGAAUUCAACAAAAUGGUUCUCAGCGAAACCUACAGAAAUAUCAAGGUGCUACUCACAUCAGAUAAAGCUGCUGCCAACUUUUCAGACCGGUCCUUGCUGAAGAACCUGGGUCACUGGCUGGGAAUGAUCACACUAGCUAAAAACAAACCCAUCUUGCACACGGACUUGGAUGUGAAAUCCUUACUCCUGGAGGCUUAUGUUAAGGGACAGCAAGAACUUCUGUAUGUCGUGCCAUUUGUUGCCAAAGUUUUGGAAUCCAGUGUGAGAAGUGUGGUUUUCCGGCCUCCAAAUCCUUGGACCAUGGCGAUUAUGAAUGUACUAGCAGAGCUGCACCAGGAACAUGACUUAAAACUGAAUCUGAAGUUUGAAAUUGAAGUGCUCUGCAAGAACCUUGCCCUUGACAUCAGUGAACUGAAACCUGGGAACCUCCUAAAAGACAAAGAUCGAUUGAAAAGUUUGGAUGAACAGCUGUCUGCUCCAAAGAAAGAUGUAAAACAACCAGAAGAGCUGCCACCAAUUACGACCACUACUGCUUCUACUACACCAGCUACCAGCACCACUUGCACAGCUACUGUUCCCCCACAACCACAGUACAGUUACCAUGACAUCAACGUUUACUCCCUGGGAGGACUAUCUCCACACAUUACGCUCAAUCCAACGAUUCCAUUGUUCCAGGCCCAUCCACAGUUGAAGCAGUGUGUGCGUCAAGCCAUAGAGCGUGCAGUCCAAGAACUUGUACAUCCUGUGGUGGAUCGGUCCAUUAAAAUUGCCAUGACUACAUGUGAGCAGAUAGUGAGGAAGGAUUUUGCACUAGAUUCAGAAGAGUCGCGCAUGCGUGUAGCGGCACAUCACAUGAUGAGGAAUUUGACUGCUGGUAUGGCUAUGAUCACCUGUAGGGAACCUUUGUUGAUGAGCAUAGCUACCAACCUGAAGAACAGCUUUGCCACUGCAUUGCGGGCAGCCUCACCACAGCAGAGGGAGAUGAUGGAGCAGGCAGCAGCACAGUUAGCCCAAGAUAACUGUGAGUUGGCAUGCUGUUUCAUUCAGAAGACAGCUGUAGAAAAAGCAGGCCCUGAAAUGGACAAGAGGCUGGCCACUGAAUUUGAGCUCAGAAAACAUGCCAGGCAAGAGGGUCGUAGGUACUGUGAUCCUGUAGUAUUGACUUAUCAGGCUGAACGGAUGCCAGAACAGAUCAGGUUGAAGGUUGGUGGAGUGGACCCAAAGCAGCUAGCUGUUUAUGAAGAAUUUGCACGCAAUGUUCCUGGUUUCUUACCAACCAAUGACUCAACCCAGCCCACAGGAAUCCUAGCUCAGCCUAUGAAGCAAGCCUGGGCAACAGAUGAUGUAGCACAGAUCUAUGAUAAGUGUAUGGCAGAACUGGAGCAGCACCUUCAGUCCAUUCCUCACACCCUGGCUAUGAAUCCACAGACUCAAGCCUUACGAAGCCUCUUGGAGGCUGUUGUUGUGGCUCGUAAUUCUCGUGAUGCUAUUGCAGCCCUUGGACUGCUACAGAAGGCAGUUGAAGGCUUGUUAGAUGCCACCAGUGGUGCAGAUGCUGACCUCCUUCUCCGGUACCGGGAAUGUCACUUGCUUGUUUUAAAAGCACUGCAGGAUGGCCGUGCUUAUGGGUCUCCGUGGUGUAACAAGCAGAUUACAAGGUGCCUGAUAGAAUGUCGAGAUGAAUAUAAAUACAAUGUAGAAGCAGUGGAGCUACUGAUCCGUAACCACCUAGUUAACAUGCAGCAGUAUGACCUCCACCUGGCUCAGUCAAUGGAGAAUGGCUUGAAUUACAUGGCAGUGGCAUUUGCAAUGCAGCUGGUGAAAAUCCUCUUGGUGGAUGAAAGAAGUGUUGCUCACAUAACAGAAGCAGAUCUGUUUCACACCAUUGAAACUUUGAUGAGAAUUAAUGCUCACUCCAGAGGGAAUGCACCAGAAGGGUUGCCCCAGCUGAUGGAAGUGGUACGGUCCAACUAUGAAGCCAUGAUUGACCGUGCUCAUGGAGGGCCAAAUUUCAUGAUGCAUUCUGGAAUCUCUCAGGCCUCUGAGUAUGAUGAUCCCCCUGGCCUGAGGGAGAAGGCAGAAUACCUCCUGAGGGAGUGGGUGAAUCUCUACCACUCUGCAGCAGCUGGGCGUGACAGCACCAAAGCAUUCUCUGCAUUUGUUGGACAGGUAGAGCUUGGGGAAAGAAAGAUGCAUCAGCAAGGAAUCCUGAAAACCGAUGAUUUAAUCACACGAUUCUUUCGUCUUUGCACUGAAAUGUGUGUUGAGAUCAGCUAUCGUGCUCAAGCUGAGCAGCAGCACAACCCCGCUGCCAACCCCACCAUGAUCCGUGCCAAGUGUUACCACAACCUGGAUGCCUUUGUGCGCCUCAUUGCACUGCUGGUGAAGCACUCUGGGGAGGCCACCAACACAGUCACCAAGAUCAACUUGCUCAACAAGGUUCUUGGGAUAGUUGUGGGAGUCCUUUUGCAGGAUCAUGAUGUUCGUCAAAGUGAAUUCCAGCAGCUUCCCUACCACCGCAUUUUCAUCAUGUUGCUGUUAGAAUUAAAUGCUCCUGAACAUGUCCUGGAAACCAUAAACUUUCAGACACUCACAGCCUUCUGUAACACAUUUCACAUCCUGAGACCUACAAAAGCUCCAGGUUUUGUUUAUGCUUGGCUAGAAUUGAUCUCCCACCGGAUAUUUAUUGCAAGAAUGCUGGCACAUACACCACAGCAGAAGGGGUGGCCUAUGUAUGCUCAGCUGCUGAUAGAUCUGUUUAAAUAUUUGGCUCCUUUCCUGAGGAAUGUGGAACUUGCCAAACCUAUGCAAAUUCUGUACAAGGGUACUCUGCGUGUGUUGUUGGUCCUGUUACAUGACUUCCCAGAAUUCCUCUGUGACUACCACUAUGGUUUCUGUGAUGUGAUUCCUCCAAACUGUAUUCAGCUAAGGAAUCUGAUAUUGAGUGCCUUCCCACGUAAUAUGAGGCUUCCAGAUCCCUUCACUCCCAACCUUAAGGUGGACAUGUUGAGCGAGAUUAAUAUUGCUCCACGGAUACUCACCAAUUUCACUGGAGUGAUGCCACCUCAGUUCAAGAAGGAUUUGGAUUCCUACCUCAAAACCCGUUCUCCAGUCACGUUCCUGUCCGACUUGCGCAGCAACUUGCAGGUAUCAAAUGAGCCUGGCAAUCGCUACAAUAUCCAGCUGAUAAAUGCCCUGGUGCUGUAUGUAGGUACUCAAGCUAUUGCACAUAUUCACAACAAAGGCAGCACUCCUUCCAUGAGCACCAUCACCCAUUCGGCUCACAUGGAUAUCUUCCAGAAUCUUGCUGUUGACCUGGACACAGAAGGUCGGUACCUCUUCUUAAAUGCAAUUGCCAAUCAGUUACGGUACCCAAACAGUCAUACUCACUAUUUCAGCUGCACCAUGCUUUACCUAUUUGCAGAGGCCAACACUGAAGCUAUUCAAGAACAAAUCACCAGAGUUCUGUUAGAACGACUGAUUGUAAAUAGACCUCACCCAUGGGGUCUCCUCAUUACCUUCAUCGAGCUGAUUAAAAACCCAGCAUUUAAGUUCUGGAAUCACGAGUUUGUCCAUUGUGCUCCAGAAAUUGAAAAGUUGUUCCAGUCUGUUGCGCAAUGUUGUAUGGGGCAAAAACAGGCACAACAAGUAAUGGAAGGAACUGGAGCUAGUUAGAGAAAGCAACCACCCUGGAAAUUGUGCCAGCCUGGAGAUCUCCAUCCCAUCAAGCUGACAGAAUUAUGUGUGUGGGUCUAGCCAGACCUUGGAGGCUGCCUCUCCCUCCCCCCAUGUUGGGCUUACAUCACAGAUCUUUGUGUGAGAAAUCUCCUCCUCUGUGGGCAUGUUCCAAAGUUUUAAAAACAAGUUUUGACUCUUGGCCAAAAUUCAGAAGAUGCUGUGAAUAUAAUUUCAAACUAUUGUAAAUACACAGAACAGAAAUAUUUGUCUGAACUUUGGGUUUGUGCAAAUUGUGUUUCAAGAGAGGCACAUACUGUGUGCCUGACCAGCCUGUAAUAGAAGUGGUGGCUGCUGAUGCCAAGUGUUUGUCUGGGGCAGAUCUGCUCUCCUGACAUUCCCAGACUCCCAAAGAAUAUGGAAAAGCCAGUUUAAAUAUUAUGUAACUUAUUUUUCUUGUGGGUGGGAGACCUGUAAAUCACAAAGUUGUCAAAGAGAGGGGAAAUGGAGCACAGGAUCCUACAGUAUAUGGGAGAGUGGGUGGGGGGAGGUUAGGAUUAGGGUCCAGUAUGUUGCUUUUCCCAGUAUCAAAUGCUGCCAGCAAGAGGCACGAACGGUGGGGCGGAGGACUUCCUUUGCUUUGAUUUGCAAAGAUGCCCUUUGGGAGAGGGCUAGUGGGUUUAGCAAGGGAAACAAGAGACCAGGCCUGUAGAUUUUCUUUCUUGACACUUGUAAAUUUUGGGAUGGGGAGGAUGUGAAUCUGUUAACUGCUCCCCUGUGGCCACAAAGUUUGAGUUUGUAAAAAGAACAAAAAGGACCAAUACAGCCCAUUUUGUAAGGAUUUUGAAUGUUUUGUAAAUGUAUUGGUCCACGUGUUGUAUUUUGUAGCCUUUCUAGUUCUCUUGGGCUUUAGUUCUCCCACUUCUUGUAUGUAUGCAUUCUGUAGUUAAACAUUAAAGUCAUGAAAAGCA